CAGAGAGGGAGGUGAGGCCGCAGCUGGGUGUGAAGGGACCUCAACCAUCAUGGCGGCUCGGCUUUCGAUCGAGGCGCACGGGCACCUGCUGAGAUGGGGUCGAGGCUCCGUGCAGCAGCACCGCCGCGUCUCCGACUUGUCGGCUGUGCGCUGUCGGGCGUCUCCGAGACCUUUCUCCGACAUCCCGGGCCCCCGCAGCCUGCCGCUGCUCGGCUCACUGUGGACGUACAAGACAGGACGCUACGACGUGAACCGGUACCACGAGGCUUUGCGCAGCAUGUACGAGCAGUACGGGCCGGUGGUGCGCGAGAGGUUUGGCACCAGCACCGUGGUGCACCUGUUCGAGCCAGACCUCGUGAGGCAGGUGCACCAGCAAGAGGGAAAGUAUCCCGCAGUGCCGCCGCUUCAAGAGUUGGUUCUGCUUUACCGACAGAAGAACAACAUGAGUCUGGGACUGGGAAACACCAACGGCGAGGCUUGGUACCGUCUGCGGAGCGCGGUGCAGCAGCUGAUGAUGCGGCCCAGGGAGGUGAGCUGCUUUCUGCCUCUGGUCGACACAGUCUCCCGCGCCCUCGUGGACAGAGUGGACCGCGACCUGGACGACACUGGGCAGGUGCCAGAGCUCACACCGCUCAUCUUCAAGUGGGGCCUCGAGUCGGCCACGCACGUGUGCGCGGAGCGGCGUUUCGGCGCGCUAUCUGGUGGCGCCGACGAGCGGCGAGCCGAGCAGCUGAUCGCCGCCAACCGCCAGGUGGCGAAGGUCGGAGGCCGCCUCAAGUUCUCGCUGCCGCUCUACAGAUACGUCAGCACGCCCGGCUGGCGGCAGCUGGCUGCUGCUGAGCGCCACUUCAGCAGCGUCACAAUAGAGCUGUUCGACAAUGUCAUCAGCGAAAUUGAAAAGCUGGCUGAGGAAGGCAAGCUGCAAGACGGCCAGUACAAAUUUCUCUGCUUUCUGAUGACCAGGCCCAAAGUGUCCAGGAAGGACGUGCUCAUAAUAGCAUACUCUAUGUUCAACGACGGACUCUCUACGACCGUGCCGGCCCUGCUGUGUGCGCUGUGGUGUCUGGCCCACACGCCAGCGGCACAGCAGAGCCUGCACAGCGAAAUCACCGCCGCGCUGCCCGGCGGCGAGGCCCAGGAGGUCACGGCCGACGUCAUUAGCAGGCUGCCCUUCGUCAAGGCCGUGCUGAAGGAGACGCUGAGACUGUACCCCAUCGGCACGGAGGUGUCGCGCAUUACGGAUCAAGACAUGGAGCUGGGUGGCUAUGUCAUUCCUGCAGGGACGCACGUGGACCUGAACCAGUCGGUGCAGCUACGCUCAGCCAGGUGGUUCGCCGACCCGGAGGACUUCCGUCCUGAGCGCUGGCUGGGCGAGCAGAGGAAGGCCAUCCACUCGUACCUGCACAUCCCGUUCGGCCACGGCACCCGUAUGUGCGCAGGUCGCCGGUUCGCCGAACAAGAUUUCUACGUCACGCUGGUGCGGCUGCUGCAGCGGUUUGAGCUGCGGCCAGCCCCUGGUUCUGUCGAGCCCCUGCGCCAGGUUCACCAGACACUGCUGAUGCCAGACGGUCCGGUGCCGGUCCGCUUCGUCCGGCGAUAAAUAAGUGUGCGACGAAGUGCAACAGAUACUCUCGAAGCCAGACGCUUCGGAUGGCUUGGCAGAAGUAGAGGAAGAGAAGAGAGAGAGAAAAUAAAAUCAUAGAAGGGAAGUUCACAUUCCUACGGGAACAUGAUCGUGUAUAAACUGCGUCGGCAAUGGAAACAAGAUACCACACAGACACAUAGCCGCAAUAUCAUCAGCGGUAGCUAGCGCCCAACACCUAAUAACCUAAAAGUCGUACAAUCGUUUUGUGGGCAUAGCAUAUAUGGUGGGUAUGGUGCUUAUAUAUCACUUUGAAGUAAAUAUAUAUAUAUA